AUGGAUUGCUAUUCCAUGGGUUCAUCGAAGGGAAAAUGCGACCCCCAAUAAACAUAAAUUUGAUUGGCUUAAUAUUCUUCCUGUCCUUUUUUGAGGAUGACCAAGGGUCAUAGCUCGUGAUUUUAUUUCAUGUUGUGUCAAGAAAGUCUGUCUCACGCUCUCACUUCAUUUCACAGGUUAACCUCUGGUGCUGCGAGGGAACGACUUGUUCCAAAAAAUUUUGAACUUCUAGUUGCCCCCAGUUAACAAAGUUUUUCUAGAAAAUAAGGAGUGAGUUCGUUAGUACUUGCAAUGGGUAAAACAAUUAAAAUGAACUCUCGUCCCAGGGGUAGGCCGCCGAAGUGGAAUAAAGCCAUGAGUAGUUAUCCUUCCGGAGAAGCCUCAUCAGUUCAAAAAAUCAGGUCCAGAAGUAGACAUUCUAAAAUUCGAAAGUACCGAAAAAAGUAUUUUCCAAAUCUGUGGGAAUCUGAGUUUGUCAAAGUCUCCAAGAAGACGCUUAGGUUGCUGAAUCUCAAACUAUCAUCCAAACUGAAGGAGGAAGGAUGCUCACUUUACUCAGUUCCUAUAAAAUUCCUGUGUCCGAAAGAAGUCCAGAUACGUACGACUCCCUUAGACGAGAAACUCGUGGCUCUGCUGAAGAAUCCGGAACCUGCGGGCAUGAUAACUCAGUCUGAUGUCAAUGAGGUCAUAACACUGCAUCCAUACAUUCUAAAUGUGAUAUCUCCAAACCCUUUCGCAUUUGCACCGCCGAUGACACUGGAACCUUUUGGACAGAUUUCUGCUGCUGCCUUGAGUACCUGCACUUUCGACCUGCAAUCCAUCCGGGAUGGCAAUUCGUCUUCUAAGGGUGGAAGCCUUGCCGAAAGCUCUUUAAACCAGUCAAUAAUCUCAGACGAGUUUAACAGCUUUGUCAACUAUAUUCUCGAUGACGAAGUGGAUUGUGCUGACAAUCCUCUCAUGUCCGACUGCUUUGCCAACCUGCACGAGUUCGAGACGACGACGGAUUUGGACGAUACGGGAUCUUCCAGCGAGAUAGAAAUAUUGGAAGUGAUCCCCCCGACCUUCGCCCGAGUGUCAAACUACGCCUGCUACAAUCGUCCCGAACUCAUGAGAUUGAGGAAGAAGACGACGACGGCGACCUUGUCCACUCCCAUGAUGAUCCUUGUCCCAGUAUUGAUGUUGCUUAUCAUCGUCAUAUUCAUCGUCAAGAUGUUCUUUGUGUUAGCCCGGAAAUCAAAACUACUUCAAGCCAGGAAGAACGCAUGGUGAUGUUGGAAGAUCUCGACGUUUUGCAAAUCAUGGUAGAUCCCAGCGACGAGUUGCGUCUACCACCCGAUCGUUACUAAUGCUUGUAUUACUAGAAAAGUAGUUUCUAUUUUUAAAAUUUCUUAUAAUUAUGAUAUGUGAGUGGAUACAAAAUGCCAAUAGUUGCAGAUUUUUGUAGAUUAAAAUAAUAGAGGCAUAAAAGCCAGCAGUUUAUUACGUAA